ACCACCGUGUCAAGAGAAGGAUACGGAUAGCUGCGUAGCUAGUAUUGUUACGAACAAAAAAUAUAAACAAGCAUUUUGGAUAACGAUACAACGAAAAAAAAAGGCUUGUAUAAGCCUUGCGUUUCUAUUUAUACUUUGAUUCAGUAGCUGGGAUGCAUAAUUUCCCUCGCAAUUUUAGCUUGUUUAAUGGGAGGUACUGGAAAUUUCACAAUAAAAAGGAAGACAUAUUCAUUAGACAUAGAAUUGCAUUAAACCCGCAGAUGUUUCUAACGCGCUCGUAAACUAUGAGAGGAGGCUGCUAGGUUGUGUUUUAUCCCAGUAAGUAAGGAGCCGAGUUUGUUUGUUGCUGCCUCGGGGCUCAUGGUUUGCUUGGCGAGCCAUUGUCGUGUCCAAAAAUAGUGCUCAGAGAGUAUUUGCUAAGGAGCUAACGUUAGCAAAUUACGUUGUUAGUAGCGAGCUAGCUAGCGUUAUAUAUUUUAAGAUUGAGCGUUGUUGCACAUUUGAGCGUAUGUUUUUAUUUGUGUGCAUUUAGCUAGAUAAGUUACUUGCUGUUUUUAAUCAUUUGCUUAACUGGUUGACAUCUAGCUGGUAGUUAACCUAGGGUCAGAGGCACAUUUUAGCUUAUAAAAACCCUGUAAACAAACGGACAAUGAAGCUCUUGGAAAAUUCAAGUUUUGAGGCCAUAAAUACACAACUCACUAUAGAGACUGGAGACUGCAAAAUAAUCGGACGAAUUGAAAGCUACUCCUGCAAAAUGGCAGGUGAAGACAAGCAGAUGUUUAAGCAGUUCUGUCAGGAAGGACUUCCUCAUGUGCUAGAGGCACUGUCUCCUCCACAAACAUCUGGGGUGAGCCCAAGCAAGUUGAGCCACAGUCAGAGUGGUGAUGAAGGAGAGGGGCCCCUCUCGGAUAAGUGCAGCAGAAAGACUCUGUUCUACUUGAUUGCCACUCUUAACGAGUCUUUCAGGCCAGACUAUGACUUCAGCCGCACCAGGGGACACGACUUCAGCAGAGAGCCCAGUCUCAGUUGGGUGUUCAACGCCGUGAAUAGUAGCUUGUCUGUUGCUGCUGGGGAGGCGUACAGUCGCCUACAACCUCAGCUCUGGGAGGCCAUUGACCAUGAGAUCAGCUUGGCUGAAUGUGACAUUUACAGCUAUAAUCCAGACCUUGAUUCAGACCCAUAUGGAGAAGAAGGGAACCUGUGGUCCUUUAACUAUUUCUUCUACAACAAGAGGCUGAAAAGGAUAGUGUUUUUCACUUGCCGCUCUGUUAGUCUCUUCAUGGCUCCCCGGGACUCUGGCAUUGGUACGGAGCUGGAUCUGGACCUGGAUGAUGGCAGCUAUAGAGGGCAGGAGGAAGAAGAAGAAGAGGAGGAGGAGGAGAACAUGGAUGAGCAAAGGUAUGGAGCUCUGUGUGGCCAGUGAAGAUGCAAUAGGUCCAGUGGUUACCUCCUGACUGCCUGUGGGCAGAGGUGACGUCUCUCUUAUAGUCCAAUAUCACCUUUUCUUCUUAGACUUCAGUUAGUUUAUUAUCCAGUAAGUUUUUGCUAGACUUGUGACAGGAUAGUUGUAUAUUUUAAGUUGUGUAUUUGUAUUUGUAUUUUUUAUUAUUUUUUUGGAAAGCCAUGUGAAGUUUUUCAUUUAUGCUUAUUCAGGUUUUACUCUUUUGUGUGUGUUUUUAAAGCAGUUGCUAUUUUUAACUUUUUUUUUUUUUUCUUUUUGAGUGCAGAAAUUGGCACCAACCUAAGAUUUAAUUUAGCCAUGCUUUUUGUAUCCUUGUUUAUAGGAUUUAUUGAUAGAGAGAGGGAGAUUCAAAAUUAGAAACGGAACGUUUCGGACAGAGGUCCUUCAUCAAUUGUGCAAGCAAAGU